ACAGGCAGAGCAUCAUUGCAAUGGUUGAGGAGAGCACACAGGGAGGUGAUUGGCUGAGAGGGAGUGUAGCGUCAUGGCAAGAGAGGGGGAGCUCUGAGGAUGCUCCGCUGAACUGGGAGGGAGUUUGCAUUCAGAUCUCAGCCAUUAUCAGCUUGAACAGGAGCUCCUCUGCAGAAUCAUUUUCCACACCCAGUGCUUGUUGACUCCUCUGCUCUCCCUGCAGCCAUGAAUUAUUUGCGCCGGCGUCUCUCGGACAGCACUUUUAUUUCCAACCUGCCCAAUGGCUACAUGUCAGACCUUCAGAGGCCAGACCAAGCUCAGCCUCCUCCACCUGCCACCGCCACCACCACCACCCCUGCCAAGUCUCCUACAACUGGGCCCUCACCUCCAGCCACAUCUCCUGCUCCGGAGAAGAAACCUCAGCCGGCACAAUCCACUGGAGCGGGCUUCUUCAGCUCCAUCACCAACGUUGUGAAGCAGACAGCUGCCUCAGCAGGGCUGGUGGAGCAGACCCAAGUCACGACACCUAAGAAGUUCAAGAUUCUCCUCGUUAUUGAUGAACCACAGCAGGAGUGGUAAGACAAAUUGUUGCUCUUCUUAGUUUUAUAAUUAACAUUAAAUAAUUCAUAGACUGUAUGUUUCUAUUUGAUUAUUUUGCUCACCUUCUGUGCUUUUGCCUACUCCCCAUGAUUUCCUUUGAUUGUAUUAGUUAAGGGUAACGAACCAGUGUCACUACAUCUGUAUCAAGCACCCAGCAGGUGUGAAUGAGAGCUGCUGCUGUGGUUUGAUGGUACAGCAUGCCAAUUUACAAUAAUGCAUACUGGUGGCCAGUACUUAGAGAAAUACGCUCCAUUGAUUCCCAGCAGUAAUGCCCUUAUGCAAAAAAAUUAGGGUUUUAUUGUCCUUUGUCUUGUUAUAAGAAAUGGUGUUUUUUUUAUUGUUUGAGCUUUCAGAAGGAGUAAUUCAUAAGAUCCACCUGCAAAAUGGUAAAUUCAUAAAGGCAUUUAAGUUUCCCCCAAAUUCGUGACAUUGGUUGUCCAAAUUUGGGUAAUGCACAUGGAUGUAAUCUGAAUACUGCAGUGCUUUUCUUUCAUCAAUGGGGUUCCCCCCUGCUCACACAUCACAUGACACGUCCUGCGCUAACAUAGAGAAUAAUUCAUGUUGCCAGCUGCAGCACAUGUUGCAAAGAGCAUCAUUAGCGGUGAUGUGGAUAAGUAAGUAAAAACCCAGAGUGGAACAAAAUAAAUGAUAUCAUCUUCCACUAAUGCUUUUCUUACCAUGCUGGGGGAAAGCACCAUUGUGUCAUGAAUGUUAAGAGCCGUCUUACGCUGAAACGUCUAUGAGCUCUGACACUGACAGUCAGUAUCCCAGGGGAUCUUACUCAGAGGUAUAACAAGAAUCUUAGUCAGUCUGCUCUUGAAAGGAAGUAUUUUGCAUUAAAUCCGUAUGCACAGGAUUUCAAAUCCACCUACUUUAUAUUAAAGCUGAAAGCACGUCAGACAAGUGAAGAAUAGAUUGAAUCCAUCUUCACACGAUCAGCAACUGUUUACACAGCUGACUGUUUUCCAGCAAUGUGCACUCUAGAGCUGGGCAGCUUGACAGGACGACACACAGGGUUUUAAUUUGGCCAUGAUUUACAGGGCUAUGUAAAUUAUUGGUCGAUAGAAUCAUACAGUAACUCGGAUUUUUGUACAGCAGGAACAGACUAAAUUCACAUAUGAUCAGCUGAUGACAUUCUAGAUUUCAGAUCUAGGAAAUGGAGUCCGUACAACAACUCCUCCGCUUGAUCCAAGACAGGUUAAGCACUUGGAUGGAUCUGAUCUUGGCUAAAUGAAAUAACCUUUUCAAUCAUCAUAAACUGAUUCUGUAAAUUCUUAACUGGCUGCAAACCGUCACAUGUAGGAUGCCUCUCUGCAGGGUGUUAUGUUGUGUACAUGCGUGCCAAGUCAAGGUUGGAAUACAGCCUGUACUGAACAUUAUGUAAAGAGAAAUAAGAUGGCCACCGUGAUGGGAUUUAAAUGUAAAGAUAUAUAGGGCAGAGUUGAAUUUACCGUCUGAGAAAACAGCCUUUAAAACAAACCAAAUCCUCCACAUAUUGUGACCUCAGUUUGCCUUAUUCAGGUUGCCUCACAUCGCCCCCUGUGAUGCUUUGUUUGUGUGCAGGACUGGCCAUUAAUAUAACUGAAACCUUGAUCAAUGUUAAUAAGAUCAGACCUCUGUCAGAGGGAUGGAUGCCAGCCUGAUGCAUUCACUCGUUCCACAUUUAUUAUGAGUGGAAAGGGAGCAGCUUGUUGAGGAAUAAAAAUGGCAGUCUGAUGUACCAAUACACCGACAAAGCUCUGCAGCUUUGGCAGAGGAAGCUGAUUUAAAACAUUAAACUAAAACCCAGACAUUGAUCCAAAGGUCAGUCGGGGCAAGAAUAUUGGAUAUGUAGGGGUGGGAGUAAGACAACGUCGACACUUGACUGUUUUUACCAUUAACAUUUAAUGAGAUAUAAUGUGUAAUUGUUGAAUUUGGUUUUAAAAUGGUCAGAUGAGAUGCUACUCUAUGGUACUUUAUCUGUUAUAUCUUUUAUUCAGCAUUAUAUUCAUUCACUGUUUUAACGAACUCCUCAGUCUGCAAAGGCUUAUUGCUUUAAACAUGUAACACACAUGGAUCUGGGAGACGUCUUCAAUCACUUGGGAGCUGAAAUACCUCUUUGCAUCUAUUUUUCAUGACUGCUCAAUACCUCUGAGUGGAGAGUUGCUUGUGUUUGUUGACCAGCUUUUUGGCGUCUAAUGGUCAUUUUAAUGAGAUCUUUUACUCAUGGUUCAUCACUAUGGCAGCAGCAACUCCUCUGGGUUUUGCUUAGAAGGUUUGUGGGUCUUCAUCUUUAUUAUUCGACGUCCUGCAACUAUAACUGGAGGUGUUAAUGAGGGGAUUGUGUAUGGACUAGUACUGUUUGGAAUAUGAACUAUAAUACAAAGGGAAACAUAACAUACUGAGGGGGAUUCAGAGGGGAAUGCUCCUCAAAAGCAGUGAGGUGUAAGCUAGUCUUGAUGUUUAGUAUUCAGUUCCCACAUUCAGAGAAAGAGCAAAAACAGCUGUUGGCAAGCUCAGAGAUGAAAAGUGUCUUUAUCUUCAUGCAGGUUUUGCCAGGCGCCUAAUAUUCUCUAUAAUGUUGGCACACCUUGAGUUUGAGGGCUUGUUUGUGUGCUGUAUAUCAUUGUGCAGCGGGUGUUUCAAGACUUUUUUACUGCACGCUGCACUGUCAGUAGAAGCAGACCCGGUGGCCCCAAGACACUCAGAAUGAAGUCUGGAAAGAGUCCUCCAGACUAAUUGCAUCUGGCAGAAGCUUCAACCAUUGACAUCUAUUAUGAGUGUGUGUCUGUGGAAACAUAUUUUCAAGAUGAGAACUAAACUUACAUUCCUGUGCAUUUUUAAACGUUGGUUCCAUUGAUUGAGCUUUUAUCAGUACAAAGAUUCAUGAAUUCAUCAAGAAAAGUAUGUAUUUCUUAGAUAUUCAAACACAUUCAAGGAGUUGUUCAGAGAGAAGAGGCAGACAUAGACAGAUAGGUAGGGGAGACCGGGGAUGGUUGUUACAUUUUUGACAUUUCUGUUUGUGUCUUAGAGCUCUUUCAGACCAAUGCAUUCAAACUAGGUAUAUGUGUCUGCUAUUAAAGGCUGUAGCAGUGACCCCUGCAACACAAACAGACAACGUAUAAUUUAGUCUCAAACACAAGGAGUGAAAUGUUACAAUUCACUCCAAUUGACUCUUGUUGUUACAACUAACCCAGACCCUUGUCACCAGGAACUAGCUUACUUUACAACUAGAAGCUAUAACUUUGGCAUGGACAACUUGCAAGAAAAAUAUCUUCAUAGACACAUAAAAACUGUGAUUUAAGUUUGAUGAGUUCAACUACAAAGCAGGCAAUGCUAUCAUAAAAUAUCAGAAUAAAAAAACUACUUUCUUACCUCAAUAUUAGUCUUUUUUUUCUCUUAAAAUUGACUGAGUCCACCACAGGAUCCUACAUGUGGAACAAGGACUAAACUAAGCCUGUGCAGAGUGAGUCAGGUGAUUUGUAACUCGUUCCUGAUUGGAGAAAUUGGAAGUGUUACAAUUGACCCCUGUUACAACCAUCCCUGGUCUCCCCUACUUAAUUAAUCCCUGUGUGGGAAAUUGUCACGUCCAGUGGCCAAGACACAGCAUAGACACAUAGAUGAGUAUAAGGGUAAGUAAGUACAUGAAUUUGGCUAAAAGUGGCAUAAAAAUCAAAUAAAGGGACAUAAAAACAAUCAGACAAAGACAGUUUGGAUUUAGUCCUCCAUUUUAAUUCUUUUCUCUAAUUGAAUCUCUGUUUUAUAAACUGAAUAACAAACUCCAAAUCAAGAGAGUUCUGCUCAAGACAGCAGCAUUCAAUCUUAUCAUAGAAGAAAAAAAACAGCCAGUAGAAAGCAGAAAAUGGCACCGACAAUGAAUCAGCUGCAAAGAAAUCAAGAUGUGUAUUCACAGGGUAAAUAAACCUCAAUCUUGUUCUCGUAAUCCUCCUGCUUUAGAAUAUCCAGGUGCCCUCAAGCUAAGACUAAUCAAAAGAUCGGCGGUCUAUUGUGGAAGUUAAAAAUCUGUGAAAAUAUCAGUAUUAAGCUGAUUAAAGAGGAACAAAUGGGAUAACAGAAAUUUGUGACUCAGGCUUCUGUUGAGCAACAAGUUGUUUCAAGCAGAAUAAAUCACCGUACAGGAUAAAAAAUGUGUGAUGACAAACUCACAGUGAAUAUUAGGCUAACAGUGCACAUCCAGACAGUAGCUCUCUGUCAUACUCCCACUGUUUAUUCCUAUUAGAUGAAGCUGCCGGUCAUCUGCAGAGGUUUUGUUUUGUUCCAGGAACACCGUGCCAUAAAUUACGCCUGUGACAGGAGGAGCAGAUGUUCCACAGUCUUACUUAUCAGACUAAUGGCCGGCAUGCUCUGCUUCCUUAUUCUCUCUGUCUCCGUUUCAAAAACAGAGGCUCAGAGUCUUUUUGAAAUCGAGCUCCUAUUGUUCAAAAUUACAAAAAUACAUAAGAGGCUGUUUCAACAGGAACCAGGGCAGGAGUAUUUUCUACUGUGUGUUUAACCUUGAUCAAAUAUUACCCUGAAGUAAGAGAGAAUACUAAACAGGCUAGGUGAUGAGACAUUAAAAUUCAACGGUGGGGCUCCCACUUACCAAUGCCUGGGGGUGAAUCAUCAGGAUGAGGGAUUGUUUCACAGCAAUAUGUAAUCUGGCAAAAGUUUAAUGGCGAGGUUUAAAUCCUAUCUGUCUGCAUAGUCUGACUCUGUUUUGGGAAUGAUAUCAUUCAGUCCUAUAUUUUUUUAACCUCAUCUUUUAUUCAGCCCUAGCAUUCCUAUAUUGAUUUUUACAAAUGAAUGAUCAGAAGGAAACAUCUGGUGUCAUGAUCCUGGCUCUCUCUCCCGGUUAGCUGCUGCAGGCUCCGUGCCAAUUUUAUGGCCAGGAUGUAAGUCAAGGGCAACUGAAUAGGUAUGUCUAAAAUAAGUAUAUGGGCAAAACAACCUUUAAGACAAGAACAGACAGAGCAGUUUUAAUAUGAAAUAACAGGGCUAGACCUACAUUAUCACCAGAUAUCGCCAACUCAAGUUGUAAUUUGGAUUUCAGAGACCUAAAAGGAAAAUUACUACUAAUAUUCACAAUGUCACUUUGUCCUGUUUUAUUGCUGUACAUGGCAAAUCUAAGCUAUAUUUAAUUGUCCUUGAUUUAAAUACCAGCCUGUAGCUGCUCCCCAAGAGAGAGAGAAAGAGAGCGAGUCAGGUUCACUCUUUAAAGCACUUUUGCUGAUUCUUGUGUAUACACAACAAGAUAGCUGAACUGAUUUUGGACCCUCUAUUCCAGUGGUUCUCAAGUCCAGUCCUCGAGGCCCACUGUCCUGCAUGUUUUGGAUGUUCCUCUGCUCCAACACACCUGAUUCAAAUCAUCAGCUCGUUAUCAAGCUCUGUAAUGGCUUCAUAACAAGCUAAUCAUUUGAAUCAGGUGUGUUGGAGCAGGGAAACAUCCAAAACAUGCAGGAUAGUGGGCCUCAAGGACUGGACUUGAGAACCACUGCUCGAUUCCAACAAGAGUCAGAGAUUUUUUUUUACAGAUCUACAAAUUAUCUUGUCAGUCUCACUUUGAAUGUCCAACAGAAAUAUUCCCAGAGGUAAAAAAACGCAAAAGGCAAAAUCUAAAAGAACUAAAAAACCAAAAGGGCAAAAACCAACAGAAGACACCGGAGACACACAGAGGCAUUGACAUACAGUCACACACAAUGAACCGACCAAGAAACAGGGGAAGAAAAGGACUAUAUAUACACAGGGAAACGAGCAACGAGAGGCAGGUGUGACACUGAAACACAGGUGCAGAUAAUCACAGAGGAGGGAAAACUGAGGAAGUAAAACAAGACGAGAAACACGGGGAAUAAGCUACUACAAAAUAAAACAGGAAACACUAAAAACUGAUAGAGAAUAGACACAAACUUAAAACUUACAAGACAGGACUACAGGGGGACAGGAACAAUGGGGAAAAUCACAAAGAAAAUACACUCGUAUAACCAAAACCAGGGGAAAACUAAAUACCAGAACAUAUCAUGUCACUUUCCUGAUGUGGAGUAUGUUGACAGUGAUUCUAUCCUUUGAAAGUGAGAUUGGCUGCUCUAAUUGGAAAUAUUAAACAAGUUGUGUGUGAAAGGACAGCCAAGAAUCAACCCUUUGGAUUGUCAAGUAGAAGGAAAUGAUGGCCAAUCAGGAAGAAAGCUGGCUGAAGAAGGAGGCAUGAUAAAUGCAGCCAUGUUUAUUUACGGCAAAUAAGAAGACUGUUGAUUAAAGAUGAUCAGCUUUAAACUUCAGCAAACGUAGAGACAUGGAGAGGGGUUGGAAAAAACUUGGUCGGUGGUUGUUGAUAUGGUUGAUAACUGAGAAGCGAAUUUUGGCUUGAAAAAACAGUUCUCUCUCAAAAAGAAGACAACAGCUUUCAGUUUGCCUGAAAAGUAAUAAUGCAUCUCAUAUUUUGAUCUUUGCUUUGCUUUGAAAAAUGAAAAAAGUCUCUCUGCAGUUUGAUGUAAAUUGUCUUGUUUUACAGCUGUCCCAUAACAGUGAUUUCAGGUAUUAACAAUAAUAAGAAAAAAGAACUCGUUACCAUCUUGAUCGUCUCGUUUGCUUCUGUGUGCCACAAAGAAACAAGUAUUGACUUCAGUCUGUGUCAUAACCAGCAAAAAAUCUCUCACAGGGGCUUGAAGUAUAAGAAUAUCCAUUAAAUCUAACCUUGAUCACGAGAAAUAACACUUCUGGUAUCCUGUAAUGCAGUUUCUACCUGUGAGAAUGUUAUUAUGCAUAUCUUAUAUCAUAAUUCUUUCUGAUGAGAAUACACCCUUUCCCCAGGAGAAGCAAUAUCACGUCCAAAUUCUAUCUAUGAAUAUCUAAAAUGUAAUUCCUGUUGGAUAGUGAGUUCAGAUUAAAUGUACGAGUGCUUGCCUUAAAAGCCUUGAGGUGAAAAUGCGUUUCAAUGCUUUGAUAAAAGAUAAUGUUAAAUGUGCUGCAUCAGAGUCCUCUUUCAUCCUGUGGCUUAUUCGCUCAGGGAUUGUCACACACAUAAAGCACCGAACGGUACGCCCGCUCCACGCAGCCAUUUCUGAUCCUGACAACGAUCAAAAAUCUUAAGCACAAAAUGAAAAAUCACAGGCUUGUCUUCUUCACGCCUCGUCUCUGUUUUUGUGCGUCUGGGCGGUGUUUUGGCAACACUUCCAGUCUACAGUAUGUAUUGGCAAAGAGCAUUAAUCACAGCACAGAGGAGGCUUUUCAUUUUCUAGGAUACAUGAGCAGUGAUUCAUUUUUUUUAAUCGCUUGUUUUCCUUCACAGCCAAAUAGAGCCCCCUGCUCUAAUUAGCUUGGGGAUGAAUUAUUCAGCUUUAUCUCCUCACUAGAUAUGCAAGGAGUGAGGAGUAUGUGGCAUCGGGGUGACAUAAACAAAGUAGAUGAGAAAGUUUCAGAAAAACAACAGGCCAAUUGAAAUACAAAAUCCUAUUUGUACACCCGCGACUUUAUUUCUCUAUUUCUUUCAGCACAUGGUUGUUUUAGAGUGAAAACAACUCUUUAGGAGAAAGAAGGAAAGGGCUCUAUUCUGGGCCCACAUUAGUAUUGAUUUACUGUAGAUUUCUCCUGUACUUUCUACCGCUAAAGCUUAUGCUGUCAAGUCCAGACCUCUGCACAUCCGUUUAGGGAGGAUUGAACACUUAAUCAACACCAACAACCAUCACUGUGCGGCUGCUGCCGUUUCCAUGCCUGUGUGCUGUCAGAACAUAUAGACCGGCUCAGUCCAUUAUAUAAUCUAUGAUGCUACUGUGGUCCCCCGACCAGCAGGAGCAGGUUUUUUAUUUAUUUCAGCCAGCGAAGCAAGCAAAGUGUCUCAAAAACGCUGAAUUUCAGGUGUAAAAAAAACGUCGAAUCGGGGGUUUGAACUAACAGUAUAUUGUGGUACCUUUCAGCUUCACCUCCCGUUGGACAAGGUUGAAGAAAAUAUGAAAUUACUUGGCUUGGCUUGAAAAGAAACAGCGUGAAAAAGUGUUUUUAUGUGUUGUCACUUUUUUUUGCAGGUAGAUGGAAGUGUUGAGAGGCCAAGUUUGGCAAUUAUGAAAGCCUGAAAGGAAACUUUUGUCUGCUUUUAGCUGCAAAUACACUCCCUAUGGAAGGGAAUAAACUAUAAAAACUAGUCGAGGGUGUAAUUUAACAUCAUAUGCAACACUGAGACUCGUCAUUUAUAUGCAACCUCUAAUUUAUAUGUGAUUUAUGAAUACAGUUUAUUCAUUUCUGUUCCAUCAGGGCGAAAUUAUUCAGGGGAAAGAAGAUACUCGGGGAUUAUGACAUCAAAGUGGAGCAGGUACAUCUCACCGAGGCUUUUAUACUCAUUUUGUGUGUUUAUGUAACAGCUCUGUCCUCAUAUGACUCUUUAUUCAACACCUCAGGCUGAGUUCAACGAGAUCAACGUCGUGGCUCAAGCCAAUGGCACCUGCAACGUUAACAUGCAGGUUCUCAGAAAUGGCACCAAAGUUAUGAGGUGAGAUGUUCCUGAUAUAUACUUUCAUAUCAAUAAUUAUUCAUAAUUUUCAGUGAAGAUGAUUCACAGAUUUCUGUUCUAAUACCAUCUUCCAGGUCCUUUAAGCCAGACUUUGUCCUCAUUCGCCAACACGCCUUCAGUAUGACCCAGAAUGAGGAUUUUCGCAAUCUGAUCAUUGGUCUGCAGUAUGGAGGUGUCCCGAGCAUCAACUCCCUAGAGUCCAUCUACAACCUGUGUGAUAAGCCGUGGGCGGUAAGCAUUCAGCUGCCAAGCAGAGCUGUAAAGCCCUGAAGGAGGAGAAACAGACGAUAAUAACGAGCCAGUCUCUGUGUUUAGUUCUGAAAAGUGACUCAGAAACAGCAACGGAUUUAUUCACCUUUUUUGUGUGUCCAGUUUGCCCAACUUAUCAACACCCACAGGAAGCUGGGCUCUGAGAAGUUCCCUCUGAUUGAGCAGACUUUUUAUCCAAACUACAAGGAGAUGGUGAGUUGUCUUUGUCGUGCAGUCGAACACCAUUUCAGGGACCGAAGGAGCAGAAAUCAAGACAAUCACUCUGUUCCCUCUCAUUUCAGGUAAGUAUGCCAUCCUUCCCUGUUGUUGUGAAGAUCGGACACGCUCACUCUGGUAUUGGAAAGGUAAAGAAAGAGUUUUUUGUAACAUCUCAUUAACGAUUGUGCUGCAGGCAUGCCAACACAAUUAGAUUGUCUUUUAAAUAACAUCAAACAUUCGUCUUCAUCUUGUUGUUGCUGCAUGAGUCAGAGGAGUGAGAGCCAGAUUCUAUUUUAAAUCCCUGGUGUCUCAUAUAUCUGAUGUUUUGCACAGGUGAAAGUUGACAAUCACAGUAAGUUUCAGGAUAUAGCCAGUGUCGUGGCCCUAACCCAGACGUACACCACCACAGAGCCUCUCAUCGACUCCAAAUACGACAUCAGAAUCCAGAAGAUUGGUACAGACUACAAGGCCUACAUGUAAGUGUGAAUACACAUUACAAAAGAAUGACGGAAAAAUAAUGACAUUUAUAUAAAUAAAUGUAUGUGUUUUUUUCCACACAUCAGGAGGACAUCUAUAUCUGGUAAUUGGAAGACCAAUACUGGCUCAGCUAUGCUUGAACAAGUGGCCAUGACUGAAAGGUUUGUGUUCACCUCAAAUGUUGUAUAUUCUGGAUUAUCAGAUAUGAACGAUGAGCUCCCAUAACACAGCCGGUGAUUCAUCAGAGAGUGGAGCCUCUUUUUGCUGAGUCUCUGUUGUUUUUUUUGUUUAGGUACAAGGUGUGGGUUGACACCUGCUCAGAAAUUUUUGGAGGUCUGCACAUUUGUGCAGUUAAAGCUAUCCAUGGGAAAGAUGGCAAAGAUUACAUCACAGAGGUAGGAACUGAGAAUUAUCAGAUUGUUUCGCUUAUUAUGAUGUUUCUGGAACCCACUAAAGGGUAGGAACACAACAAGGACAAAUGCUGCUAGAGGAAGCUGUGUUAUCCAAAUUUAACCUGACAUUUAUUAUAUAAAAACAAUGUUAACUUCAGGCGCAUUGAUGUCCCCAUGUCUCCCCCCUUCUCUAUCUUGUCCUCGCCGCUGUUUUUCCGUGACGUAGGUGGUGGGCUCUGCCAUGCCCUUGGUGGGGGAGCACCAGGCUGAGGACAGGCAGCUCAUCGCUGACAUGGUGCUGGCAGAAAUGAACCAAUUAGCAGAGAAGGAAGCCAAUGCUCCCCAGAGACCCACCACCAUACAACCAUCCCAGGUGAGAUAACACACACAAGGCUUUGGUUAGUCCAGAGUCCCUGUGAUUGAAUAUUUAGCGUUGUUCUUGAUGGCGUUAUUUCUUCGUCCUCAUAGGGAACUGGCCAGAAGGGAGAGAUCGUAGGUGAACCUACUAAGAACGGUGCCGGGCGCCCGCCUCAAGGUUGUUUGCAGUACAUUCUCGACUGUAAUGGCGUUGCAGUGGGUCCAAAACCAGUCCAGGCCAACUGAGUCACCCAGAAGAAAAGGGGGGAGGUCUCAGAGUCAAGAUAACAAAGGCGUACCUUUGCUGUACACAAGCGCAGACGUGUGUGGAUGCCAACAGCUAGAACCAGAUCUUGGUGAUGUGAGCUUGGUACAGCUGAGUGCUGGCCUGGACUGUGUUUUUAACUCUAUGCAGUGUCAAAAUGUACUGUCUACUUGUUGACCUGUUGAUUUGUGUGCUUGUAUAGGUCACCUAUGUUUCAGUAGUAGCUGUGUUGUUCUUUUCUUUCUCUUUCUUUUCCUUUGGGGCUGUUGUUGACGAUGUAAAAAGCAGAUUGUGCCUACACUGAGUCCAGUGCUGCUCUGUGCUACCUGUUUGACGCAGCUAUGAUCCCUUCGUUCGCCCCUCACUCCCUCUUUGUUUUCUAUUUUUGGUGUGUACCUUUAGAUAUCGUUCAAACUGUGGACCAUGGUGCAGUUUGAAGUUUGUGUAUAUCUCAAUAUGUAAACAGUACGUGAGUGUGUAUGGCUAUAGUGGUGGUUAUUUUCAUACUUAUACUAAAUAGAUAUUUAUUUUUGUUUGCAUGGUUGAAACAAAAGCAGGUGCAAGUCAGUUAUUAAUGUCCGAUUAAGAGGGAUGUUCACGUAACAUCGAUGUUAUACCCCGAGCUGUGUUCCCCGUGAUCCAUGCAUUGUGAAUGUGUCAUAAGAAAUGCAUAUCAUAUAGGUUGGACAGGUUACAUGUGCUUAUUCGCAAACACUUAUAAUCACAGCGCACACUACUGCAUUAACACACACACACUACAGACAUCAGUAUGUGGCCUUUCUUAAAGUUAUUUUUUCAUCUGUAACGUCACAGUGUCAUCAAAAGAGAUUAUUUAAGAAAACUAAUAGAUAGAUGCAGAAUAAUAAAGUGGAGAUUUAUCAGAUUUUAUCAUAGAGGAUAUAGUGCAGGUGUGCGCACACCACUGAAAUAUAUAUGUAUAAAUUUUAACCAAAGACUAAAUGAUUACUUUGAAUCAUCCUUUGCACUCCAGGAACCCACACUGUAAAUAUCAACAAGGGAACUGUAAAUCCUGCAGUAAGUGUGUGAUUUCAUCAGAGAACACGCUCCAAGACAAUACUUAUGUUUUCAGACCGCCUCCUUUAAAUUACACACCAGAGGAACGAUGCUGGAUUCAAACUCUUACUGUCUAUUUAUGUUUGGUUGUUUGAAAAGCAGGCAUUAGCUUAGGUGGUGAAAGGUGUAUCAUCUGCUAUGAAAUACCAGAUAAAAGCCCUCCUCUCUGCUGCCCUCAUACUGGAUAUCAGCUAUGGUGGUGGUGUUGCUAUGACAACAACAGGAGUGCUCUGCGCUUUAGUGUGGACCGUUUUACUGCCGUUCAAAGAGUAAUCACGUUUAGCCUAAUCACACUCUUCCAAUGAGCUGAUGGAAAGUGCAAUAUGAAUCUUUGUUUUUAACAUAAUAAUGUGUUUGAUUAUGAAAUCAGAUCUUCCAUCAAAAGAAUUCAAAAAGCUAUAGUCACCCGCACAUAAAGUCGUCUUUAAAUGUUUUUACAUUAACGUCAUUGUCACCUUGUCGUCGUCCAGCGGCUUUUGUGAAGGCCAUUCCUCGUGAUAUCCUAAAACUAGUAUAGAAUAUUUUCAGCGAGCUUUGUGAGUAAUAUUUUUUCCCAUCUGGUGUAGAGUGCCAUUGUAUCUGUGAGUGUAUCUUUGUAAAAGCCAUGCCUGAGGCUAUAUGGAUGUGUUGUUCUAUUUCGUAGGAAAUUUGCCAAGGCUUAUUUUCUUUUCCAAAGGGAGGAACAUGCAGAGGAACCCCAAUCUGAAAAAUCUGCAUGGUUUGGUUUAGUGAUGGUGACUAAUCCUUUGAUAAAUUACUGUGUUCUUUUGGCCACUGUGUUAAAGUGUAAAUUAUAUAAAUGAUAUCUUCUGACCUGCAGGACUGUAACCCAUGAGGGCCAUAGUAACUUGCUGAAUAUAUGUACUUUAAAACUGGUGUUGGACUGUUUAAAUUAAGAUCAAUAUACAAUACAAUGUGGAAAAAAUUCCAUUCUGGAUAUUUCCCUUCUGUCACCGGCAAUAAAGCUUCCUUUGCAAUAUAUGUUCGGUCUGUGUGUCGUCAUAUGUGUAUGCUGUGAGAACUGCUAUUCCCUUGAAACCAAACACAUGUGCAUAAUACAGUCACAUGUCUAAAAAGAAAGAAGGCCAUACCAAAGGUUUCUCUUCAGGGCAUUGAUACGCUUCAAGCACACAACUCACAUUCUUCCUGCACACACUCCAUGGCUUCCAAUGCAUGAAGCUUUCUCUGUAUUGUGUGAGGGCUUUUUGCUUUGUGAUAAUGUACUCCCUCUGUUUUUUUGUGGCAAACCUGAAGUGUCUGUCUAACAUGGUUUAAGAUUUGUGAUUUAAGAACAUGGGUAACACUUUACAAUAACCAUAAUUUAUAAAUGGUAAACAGAUAGUCUAUCAAUGUUUAAUCAUCAUUUUAAAACAGCAUAUAGACUAAUUAUAAGUGGCAAAUAGAUACUUUAUUAAUGGAAGUAAAUAGUUACUCUACCAUAAACAAGCAAGGAAAUUAUGACUUUUUAUUUUCAUUAAUUAUUUAAUUAAAUAUGGACUAUUUAUUAAAGGUUAAUAUAGGCUUUAUAUAGGCUUUAAAUAGUGUCAGUAGCACUUUAUAAAUGGUUAAUAUUUGGUUUUUAAACCACCUAUAGACAUUACUUAGAUGGUUAUUGUAAAGUUAAGGUUGGGGUUAGGUUUUUAAAAUUGUAAAAUUUAUGAUUUAUCAAUGGUCUAUAUGCUAUUUAUAAAUGAUGAUUAAACAUGUGCUAACUGUUACCAGAACAUGCAAUACCGUGUAUGCUAAUAAAUAGAAAUAAGACAUUUCCAGCAAUACUUUUUACCAUCCUGGUCUCCAAUCUUAGACACCUAAAAGUUAGAAACGCUAGGUCUCUAAAUAGGUCGGCCCAGUGGAACCCCAAAGACUGAAUUCACAAAGGUUUUAUAUGUCAACACUCUGUAAAGGAUGCAAAGAAAAAACAAAAACAAAACAGAUAUCUGCUCCCAAAGGGCUUGAUCAACAUAUGUUAAGAUGAGUCUGAUCAGCAAAGGUAGGAACUGACAUACUGAGCAUACUUACAUCAGCUCUAUAGCAUCUUUCUAGUACGUAUUUUGAACAUUAUUAUCAUAUGUAUGAAUGCCAGAAGUACAUAAGACGUAUAUGUUAUAUUGGCUUUACACACAAAGUCACCAAUCUUUUGUCUUGCAGCGUCUUCCAGACAGUGAUCAGUGCUUUUGGUCUGACCGGCACGACCACUGAAGACACGGAGACCACUGAGACCAUCAACAAUUCAAACAAUCUUAACCAAGAGAUCCUGUUUUUAAAGGGCAGAAUCAUCAAGUUUGAUGAUUCUCAAGCCCUGUGUGUGUUUGACUUUGGUGUAUGUGAAGUGGAUUAUUGCAGUUGUUUUCUGUUAUUGCUGUAAAACUAUCCAUGGUGGAGACAAUCAAUCAAUCAUAAUCACUGUAAUUACUGCUAUAGUGUGACUGUUAGUAAACGCUGUGUGAAAAAGACAAGUAGUAAUUGUUGUGGUCAUUUUAAAACCCACUGCUGUUUACCAGAUGUUGAAUGCCAUGAUGGUUGUUGCACUAAUAAAAAUUUAAACCAAACAAAAGGCUCCAUAAAACUACCUGAAGGCCUGAGUCUGUGUGGAGGAGGAACAUCAUGGUUUUUCUACCACCGGACAGUGAACAAAGGUUUGGAGCCCCCAGAGUGUACUUGAAAAUCAAUAGACCAAAAAAUAGUGUCCUCUACUUUACUGUGCUUUAUUGUAGUGGCUUGCACUGCAGCCUUUGAAUCAGGGUUCAAAUCCUGAACAGGGACUUUCCACAUGAUGCCACAAUAAAAUGCUUUCCUCAAACUGUUUGCUUAAUGUACCAUGAUGAAUUGUUGAAAUAAUCUCCAUACUUUAUGUCCUUGCUCUUUCUUUGUCUUUCUCUUUCUCACCUUCAUCUUGGAUGUAUUAUCAGACAGGUCAUGCUUGCUUUACAUAAAUUCUAAGUCUCACAACAGCUGAUCCGUGAACAA